AUGAAUUAUUUCCCAGACGAGGUAAUAGAGCACAUAUUUGACUAUGUGGUGUCACACCGUGACCGGAACGCUUUGUCUUUGGUGUGUAAAAGUUGGUACAGGAUAGAGAGGUGUACGAGGCAGCGGGUGUUCAUAGGGAACUGUUACUCUGUCACUCCGGAGAGGUUGUUCCAGAGGUUUCCUGGUCUCAAGUCUUUGACUUUGAAGGGAAAACCUCAUUUUGCUGACUUCAGUUUGGUUCCUUACGGUUGGGGUGGCUACGUGUAUCCAUGGAUUGAGGCACUGGCCAAAAGCAGGGUUGGGUUGGAGGAGCUUAGGCUCAAGAGGAUGGUGGUCACGGAUGAGAGCCUGGAGCUACUUUCUCGUUCUUUCACACACUUCAAGUCUUUGGUUCUAGUUAGCUGUGAAGGGUUCUCAACCGAUGGCCUUGCUGCUAUAGCUGCAAAUUGCAGGUAUCUUAGGGAGUUGGAUCUGCAAGAAAAUGAAGUUGAAGAUCACAAAGGCCAGUGGCUAAGUUGCUUUCCCGAUAGCUGUACAUCACUUGUCUCUCUUAAUUUUGCUUGCCUUAAAGGAGAGGUUAGUUUGGGAGCUCUAGAGAGACUUGUGGCCAGGUCUCCUAACCUUAAGAGUUUGAAGCUGAAUCGUUCAGUGCCCCUUGAUGCACUGCAAAGGAUAAUGAUGCGAGCACCUCAACUAGCGGAUUUGGGAAUUGGAUCAUUUGUCCAAGAUCCAGAAUCGGAGGCAUACAUAAAGCUUAAGAGCACCAUUCUCAAGUGCAAGUCCAUAACCAGUUUGUCAGGGCUUUUGGAAGUUGCUCCUCACUGUCUUGCAACUAUAUAUCCUAUUUGCCCUAAUUUAACAUCCUUAAACUUGAGCUAUGCAGCAGGCAUUCAGGGCAGUGAUUUGAUAAAACUAAUUCGCCACUGUGUGAAACUACAGCGCUUAUGGAUAAUGGAUUGCAUUGGAGACAAAGGACUUGGUGUUGUAGCUAAGACAUGUACAGAUUUGCAAGAAUUGAGGGUGUUUCCAUCUGUUCCCUUUGGAAAUCCAGUAGCUGUCACAGAAAAAGGACUUGUUGCAAUAUCAAUGGGUUGCCCUAAGCUUCACUCAUUACUUUACUUCUGCCACCAGAUGACAAAUGCUGCACUCAUCACAGUUGCUAAGAACUGCCCCAAUUUUAUCCGCUUCAGGUUGUGCAUCCUUGAUGCAACAAAACCUGACCCUGAUACAAUGCAGCCACUGGACGAAGGUUUCGGUGCAAUUGUGCAGUCUUGCAGGCGACUCAGGCGCCUAUCACUCUCAGGGCAAUUGACUGACCAGGUUUUCCUUUACAUUGGAAUGUAUGCUGAGAAGCUUGAAAUGCUAUCUAUUGCAUUCGCUGGGGACAGUGACAAGGGAAUGCUCUAUGUGUUGAAUGGAUGCAAGAAACUCAGGAAGCUUGAGAUAAGAGAUUGCCCUUUUGGCGACAUGGCACUUCUGACGGACGUAGGGAAGUAUGAAACAAUGCGAUCCCUUUGGAUGUCAUCAUGCGAAGUGACCGUCGGAGCCUGCAAGUUGCUAGCUAAGAAGAUGCCAAGGUUGAAUGUGGAGAUCUUCAAUGAAAAUGAGCAAGAAGAUUGUAGUCUGGAAGAUGGGCAGAGGGUAGAGAAGAUGUAUUUGUAUCGUACAGUGGCUGGGAAAAGGAGAGAUGCACCAGAAUAUGUAUGGACUCUCUAG